AUGAAUUUCUACGUUUUGCCGGAGUUAACGGCAACCUUGCCUGCACGAAGAAUCAACGUGAACCACUGGACGCUCCGGACUAAUAUCAGCUUUGCGGAUCCCCAGUUCCACGAACCUGGUCGCAUUGAUCUGAUAAUCGGAGCAGAACACUACUUCAAUCUGCUCUCUGACGGUCGUGAGAAGGUUGGAGAUGAAGGCCCUACACUGCAAAAUACAGUCUUUGGAUGGGUGGUUUCCGGUCGAGCAGCCGAUCAACCAGGCACGUUGCAUCGCACAUUGUCGUAUUCGUGCACGCUUGCAAACCUGCAAGAACAGUUGACGAAGUUCUGGGAGAUAGAAACCUGUCGUUCCAGUAGUAGUCAAUCGGUAGAGGAGACGGCGUGUGAAGUAUUCUUCGAUCAAACAACCACUCGUGAUGAUGCAGGCAGAUUUAUCGUCGCACUUCCAAAGCGUGAAUUCAUCAUCAAUCAGCUCGGCGAGUCCAGAAACAUAGCGACAAGGAGAUUUCUGGGCUUGGAGAGGCGGUUCCAGUUGAAUCCCGAGUUGAAGGCAGCGUACGCAGAUUUCGUCCACGAAUACGAGCGACUUGGUCACAUGGUGCAAGUUCCGGACGUCGAAGAGCAGUUUCCCGUGUACUAUCUUCCCCACCAUGCAGUUUUCAAACUGGAUAGUACAACAACGAAAUUACGUGUUGUUUUCGACGCGUCCUGUAAGACCAGCAGCGGUGUAUCGCUCAACGAUGCGCUAAUGGUUGGACCUGUAGUUCAGGAGGAUUUGAUCACCAUCACACUCCGAUUCCGUUUGUUCUGCAUUGCCAUUGUAGCGGAUGUGGAAAAAAUGUAUCGGAUGAUACUCAUCUAUCUACUCGAUCGAUGCCUACAGCGGAUCGUCUACCGAGAUUCCCCUGACGAACCGAUCCGAACGUACGAGUUAGCAACUGUCACUUACGGGACUGCAUCUGCACCAUACUUGGCGACAAAGUGCUUACAGCGACUGGCAGAAGAAGGAGCUCUCGCUUAUCCUCGCGCAGCUAAGGUGUUGAAGGAAGAUUUUUACGUCGAUGACAUGCUGACUGGAGCGGACAACGCCGACGAAGCGAAGCAGCUGGCAAAGGAAAUGAUCACGCUAACUUCAUCAGGUGGAUUCAACCUGCGAAAGUGGAACUCCAACUGCAAGGAAUUGUUAGCCGAAUUGCCCCCCGAUCUCCUCGAUGAUCGUGCCACUUUAGAGCUUGAUUCCUCAACUUCACCAGUGAAAACUUUGGGGUUACUGUGGGAGCCGCAUUCAGACAAUUUCCGAUACCAUUCUCCUAAGUGGGAAAACGAAGCAGUGCUCACGAAACGCGUCGUUCUCGCAGAAGCAGCUCGCCUGUUUGACCCGUUAGGAUUGAUGGGUCCAGUUGUCGUCAUUGCCAAGAUAUUUCUCCAAGAAUUGUGGAAGCAGCAGUGCGGUUGGGAUGAUCCACUACCCGAAGCGAUGCAGAACUUUUGGCAGGAGUAUAGGAUGAAUUUGACAGCCCUCUCGUCGUUUUCAAUUCCUCGGUGGAUAGGAUACACAUCUGAUGCAAUUUCGGUCGAGUUGCACGGUUUCUGUGACGCAUCAGACAAGGCAUACGGUGCAUGCCUCUACGUGCGUUGUACACUGUCGGAUGGCUCAGUAGAAGUUCGGCUGCUGAUUUCCAAAUCGAGAGUAGCACCACUGGAGGAUCUCAAGCGCAACAAGAAGAAGUUAACCACCCCUCGCCUCGAGUUGUCAUCCGCACUGCUCCUCAGUCAUCUGUACGAGAAGGUCAAGCACAGCAUUCGUAUUCCGCACACCGCAAGCUUCUGGACAGACUCGACAAUCGUAAUGCAUUGGUUAUCUUCGCUGCCAUCGAGGUGGCAGAUGUUCGUAGCGAAUCGCGUGUCCGAGAUUCAGCACAUUACGAAGGGUUUCGAUUGGAAUCAUGUCGCUGGCUUGGAGAACCCAGCUGACAUCGUGUCACGAGGGAUGAUACCGGCUCAGCUUCAGUACAGCACGAUUUGGUUUGAAGGUCCACCAUGGCUGCGUCGAGACCGCAGCACCUGGCCGGCGGGAAGUCCUGAGGAAGAUUUCGAGCAAUCACUGCUAGAAGAGCGAAGUGCAGUCGCAAUUCCAGCACAGUCCAAGCCACACAGUGACAUCUUUUCACUUCAUUCCUCUCUAUCUACGCUGAUCCGUAAAGUUGCAUGGAUUCGCUUCAUCCACAACUGUCACCAUCGCGAAGAAAGACGCAAUGGGUAUCUCAGUCACGCUGAACUCCAAGAAGCUAUGCUAUCACUAAUCCGUUUGUCUCAGAGGGAAUCGUUUCCGGAGGAGAUUUCUGCACUCCAGAGCGGAAAUCAAGUCAAGCCGUCGUCAUCGAUCAACAGACUCACACCAAUUCUCGUUGAUGGGGUACUGUACGUAGGUGGUCGGCUAUCCAAGGCACCUAUUCCAGCGAGUCGCAAGCAUCCAGCGAUUCUCAGCUAUCAUCAUCCCCUGGGCAAACUAGUAGUCAUACACUACCACCAGAAAUUGUUCCACGCUGGGCAACAGCUUCUCAUAAGUAGAGUACGGGAGAAGUACUGGCCCACGCAGAUCAGAAGAUUAGCCAACACCGUAAUCAACGAAUGCGUGCCGUGCUUCCGAUGCAGACCGAAAGUGUUGGAUCAGCUGAUGGCAGAUUUGCCGUCGGAACGAGUUACACCCGCGCCACCGUUCCUGAAAGUUGGUGUCGAUUACUGUGGACCUUUUCUGGUUGCCUGUCCCAAUCGUCGAACAACUCCGCGUAAAUAUUUCGUCGCAAUCUUCGUCUGCUUGGUCACGAAGGCUGUUCAUCUGGAGCUGGUGGGAGAUUUAACAAGCGAAGCCUUCCUCGCAGCAUUCAAGCGUUUCGUCGCACGAAGAGGCAAACCAACCCUGGUAAUGUGUAACAACGCUCUCAACUUCGUCGGAGCAAGGCGCAAACUCGACGAACUACACGAACUAUUCCGUAACCAGCAGUUCCAGCAGUCGAUCGUAAAUGAAGCUGAAGAAGACGAGAUAGAAUUUCGAUUCAUCCCAGCACGUUCGCCCAAUUUCGGUGGCCUUUGGAAAGCUGCCGUAAAAUCCUUCAAAAGCCAUUUCAAACGCACCAUUGGAUCCAGAACGUUAUUGCACGAUGAAAUGCAAACUGUGAUAGUUCAAGUGGAAGCGAUCCUCAACUCCCGUCCGUUGACGCCGAUCAGCAAUGACCCAACGGAUUUCAAAGCAUUGACGCCUGGUCAUUUUCUGGUUCAGCGACCGCUAACAGCUGUUCCAGAACCGGACCUCAGUCAUAUCCCGGAGAAUCGUCUUUCACUGUGGCAAAAAUCGUAA